AUGGAUAUAGAAAAAUGCAAAUGCUACUACGAAAUAUUAAACGUUGAAAGCACGGCGCCAGUGGAGGAAAUCAAAAAGAGUUACCGUAAAAUUAUUCUUCAGUACCACCCAGAUAAGAAUUCACAUUUGACAGAGGAAGAACAAAAGAAGUGCACAAGUAUAUUUCGUCAAAUUCAGGAGGCAUAUGAAUGUUUGGUGGACGAGAGGAGGAGGAAAUGGUAUGACAAAAAUCGUGUGCGAAUCAUUGCAGGAAAGGAAAGUGCGGAAAGGAGGGAGCAAAACAGGCAAGCGGGAAGAAGAAGUGGAAGUGCCGGAAGCUGUGGAAGUAGCCAAAGCAGCGGAAGAGGAGUAGCUACCUCAGGUGUAAACAUCUGGGAAUAUUUCAGCAGCAGCUGUUACGAAGGAUUUAAUGACAAGGAUGAAAGAAGUUUCUAUAAUGUGUACAGAAAAUUAUUUGAACAAAUAAUAAAAGAAGAAAAUGAUGAGCUAAGUCUGCGUUACCGUUACGGCAAAAAGGGAGAGCAGCAGGAGGGGGAGGCGGCGGAAGAGGCGGAGAAGAGGAAGAACAAAGUAUAUGCACCCUCAUUUGGGAACUCCCAAUCGGAAGGAAAACAAAUUGAUGAAUUUUAUUCAUAUUGGUCCAAUUUUUCCACAGUUAAAAAAUUUGACUACUCAUAUGAAUAUAUGAAAAUGUAUGAACAAGAAAAUAGACAUGUUAGACGGAAUUUAAAAAAAGUUGCAGAAAAGAGAAGCUUAAAGGAAAGGAAGGAGUUUAACGAAAAUGUGAGAUCCCUGGUGGAGCAUGUGAAGAAGCAUGAUACCAGAUACCUUAACAGGGUUGUGCAGCUUGCUGAGGAGAAGAGGAAAAGGGCCGAAGAGAAAGAGAAGCAGCGUAGAGAGCAGAUGCUUCAGAGGAAAAUUCUGUUUGAGCAGAAUGAGGAGAAGCUGGAGGAACAAUGGGAUAAUGCGCCGUCGGAGGAGGAAGAACCAUGCAGCUAUUCCUCUUGCAGCCAACAGGGUGACAAUGAGAGAGGCGGCCAUGAGGGGAAACAGCGGCGUGCCUAUGGGAGGGGGCAAGGGAACCACGACUUGUAUUGUCAAGAUGGUGCAGAUGCUGGAGACGACAAGAAUAAUGACACCCCGUACGGGGAAAUCAUUUACAGGUGCGAAGUGUGCAGGAAGAAUUUUAAAAGCAUGAAGCAGUACAACUCGCACGAGAAGUCCAAGAAGCACGUGAGCAACUUUUUGAAACACUCCAAGAGGUAUGCUACGGGGAGCAUCUUCAGCGCCGGAGGGGCCAAGUCAGAGGGUAAGCGCUUGGACGAUCAGAUGUACGGUCAGAUAGACAACCCAAGUAACCCACAAAGCGACAACUCGCAUGGGUGCCCAGACAAGUGCGCCCAAAAGUCGAAAAUGAAAAAAAAGAAAAACAAAAAGAGCACGCCACCAGUGAAGAACCUACCCGAGCGGAUCAACUCCGCCUCGGAUUCUUCACACCUGGAGGAAGACGUCUUGUCAUGGUACAAAGGGAAGAAGCGGCAUCGAAACAAAUUGGUGCAUGCAGUGGGAGAAGAGGGCGUGUCGGAUGGAAGAGAAAGUUUGCAGCGGGAGGGGGCUCCCCCGCAGGACGAUCCUACACAGCAGGAGAAGACCCCUUUGCAGGUUGCAAACGCAACGGACUCGAGCGAAGACUACGCCUCCUCCAAGCGAAAAAAAAAAUUGCUAAAGAAGAAGAAAAAAAAAGAAGGCAUUAUUAUUAACAGGAAAGAAAACGAAGAAAAAAAUUUGGAGGAGCGGAAGGAAGACAAUAAGGACAUAAGCGGAAAAGCAAACUGGAAAAGUAAAAUAAAAGAAAGUACAAAAAAUCUCGUGUGUAAAAUGUGCAGGGAAACAUUUGACUCGCGAAAUAAAUUAUUUGCACACAUACAGAAAGAGGGGCACGCAGCAAAUAAAGUUGUUGCUGACGUGCCUGCAAAGGUGAAUAAAAAUAAAAAGGGCAACAGCAGGAGGGAGAAAUUGCAGUAA